UUGGUGGGCCUCGACGCUUUUCGGCAGGCAACUUAAAGCCCGCUGGCGGCUUUUCCUCUGCUUCUCCAGGCAGCCGUCCUGUUACCUCCAAUCACCCCUGCCCUGAUUUUCUUCUCCUCUUGCCUGGUUCCUGUGACCCUCCUGUUUGCGGCACUUGAUUUGUGGUGUGUUUUGUGAUACGGGUGGCUUUUCUUGCCCCUCCUCUCCCUCCUUCUUCUCCCACAAAGAGGAAAUGGACUCUCCCUCGGACGAGACCACUCCCCUCAUUGCACAGCCUAGCAAGGAGUCGCGGCUACGAUGGUCGAAAUCAUGGAGUCCCGCCAACCGUGUGUUGUUGGCGGGCUUUCUAAUUACAUUAUCGUUUUCCUUCACACAAGUACCUAUCAUCUACAUUGUUCGUCAAAUGAUGUGCGAUGACUACUACACCAGCCAUGCGCCGUACGAAGGCGACGGUGACCGUUGCAACCGCAAUGCCAUCUCGGCCGGCACAGCUACCCAGCUGAGCUAUCUGGCAAUGUCCACUACCAUCUGUGGAACUAUCAACUUGUUUGUCUCUGCGUGGCAGUCCAAGAGACUAGGGCCCCGUGCCGCUCUGAUAUGCCAGGUCUUUGUACCGGCCAUCCGUGUGGCUGCGCAGAUCAUCGGCAUAAUCCUGGGCGGCAAGCGUGGACUCAUCACCAUCCAGGCGACCCAGCUCAUCACCGUUCUCGGGGGCCCCGCCGGAUACCUCGUCCUCGUGAACACCAUUGCAAGCGAAGUGGUCGAGCCGAUGCAGCGGACGGCCGUUUUCGGCCGCCUCCAGGGCUGUGCCAUGCUUGGCCAGGCUAUCGGCUUCCUGACCGGCGGCAUAAUUGGUGACACGUUUGGCAUUCGCAAGCCUUUCGAGACCGCAUUCUUCUCGUUCCUGAUCGCCACUGUUUAUGUCCAGCUGUGCCUGCCAUAUAUCCCGCCAGGGCAGCUGAGCCAGAGCAAGAAUACAGAGAAGGGUAUCAAGGGCUUCUUUGCUCCACUCAGGGUCCUCGCGCCGCAGACUAUCAGGCUCCAGAACGGCCAGGUCAAGAAGCACUAUGGUGUCCUCUUUCUCUGCUGUGGCGUCUUUACGGGCGUGCUCGCAACUGGCUACGUUCCGACCCUGGUCCAGCUUUACGCCACCUCGCAGUUCGGGUUCAGACAAGUCGAAAACGGCUUUCUUACCUCUGGGAACGCCCUGAUGCGCGCCGUUUUCCUUACGUUCAUGUUUCCCAGUAUUAUUGACAGGGGGCGCAAAUGGUUCGUGGCCCCUGAGCAGGCAUCGCCUGCACCGAUCGAGCCCGCUGAGCCUGGCGAGAUUCCGACGGAGCCAGCUCUGUUUGACGCUCCUUCCGGAGUCCAAGGCGAAGACCAACCCAACGAGCCAAUGGUAACUUCGCAGCCCAAUGAAAGAGCGAGUUGCGGAUUCGAUCUGUACUUUCUCCGCUCCAGUCUUCUCGUGGACGGCGCGGUCACCACAGUAUCGGCCUACGCCAGUGAGGGCUGGCACAUGUACCUGGCUGCCCUCCUGCUACCCUUUGGCUCCGGAACUGCUCCUGCGGCCAAGGGAGUCAUUACCGAGAUGUGCCCGCCGUCGCAACGAGCUGACGCACUCAGCGCCAUCACCCUCGUCGAGAACAUUGCGAGGCUGUCCACACUUGGGCUUUUUGGCUUCGUGUUCGCCUCGCUUUCCGAGAUUGGCCAGGAAUAUCUCACAUUCUUCAUCAAUGCGGCGGUCGCUGUGGUGGCCAUGGCCGUUCUUUUGCUUUCGCAUUUCCCGCCAGAGAACAGCUCACUCGUCGAGGACGAGGAUGAGGAAUGAUAAAUAGGUCAAGGCGACGAGGCUGUGAGCUCGUUAAACGAGUGCUAGUGUGCUGUCGUUAUAUAUAACCAUCUGGAACACCGACUAGAUAUCUAUCUUUUUGUCCAGGGUUCAAACUCUAGCUCCCGGCUGUACGCUGUCGGCAUCCCCAAGAUAUAAAAGACUGUACGAAAAGGCAACACACAGAGAACCAACGUCGAUGGAUCAAGAAUACCCGAAUUGUCCAACAAACCGAGACGGCCAAGUCGACUCAGGCCCCGCAUCCUCCUGUCCCCUGCCUAUGACAACCAAGAUUACCAGCCCCUGGAAGCCAGCUUGUCGGCCUGAGGCAGACUAUCGCAGUUGAUGCCAACCAUGGCCUCGCCCAGGCCGGUGCUAAACUCGGCGAGGACCUUGGGGUCCUUGUAGUGGGUGGUGGCCUGGACGAUGGCGCGCGCACGCUUUGCAGGGUCCCCGGACUUGAAUAUGCCACUGCCGACAAAGACGCCGUCGCAGCCGAGCUGCAUCAUGAGGGCGGCAUCAGCAGGGGUGGCGAUGCCACCGGCGGCGAAGUUGACGACGGGCAGGCGACCCAGCUCGGCCGUCUGCCUGAGCAGGGCGGCGUCGACCUCGAGCUCGCGCGCGAGCUGGCGGAUGGCCAGGUCGCCGCCGUCGGCGAGGGCGGCGCGGGCGCGGGCGAUGUCGGCCUUGAGGGUGCGCAUGUGCGUGACGGCCUGGACGACGUCGCCGGUGCCCGCCUCGCCCUUUGUGCGGAUCAUGGCGGCGCCCUCGGAGAUGCGGCGCAGGGCCUCGCCCAGGCCGCGGCAGCCGCAGACAAAGGGGACGGCGAAGCCGGACUUUUCGAUGUGGUACUUCUCGUCGGCGGGCGUCAGGACCUCGCUCUCGUCGAUGUAGUCGAUCUCGAGCGCCUCGAGGAUCUGGGCCUCGACGAAGUGGCCGAUGCGCGCCUUGGCCAUGACGGGGAUGGUGACGGCGGCCUUGAUCUCGUUGAUGACGUGCGGGUCGCUCAUGCGUGCGACGCCGCCGUCCUUGCGGAUGUCGGCCGGCACGCGCUCGAGCGCCAUGACGGCGCACGCGCCCGCCUCCUCGGCGAUGCGGGCCUGCUCGGCGUUGGUGACAUCCAUGAUGACGCCGCCCUUGAGCAUCUGCGCCAGCCCGGCCUUGACGGCGAAGCUGGGCGGGACCUUGGCGCCGCCGUUGCCGUUGGCCGUUGCCGAUGCGUCAGAGGCCAUUGCGGAUAUGUGAGAGGGUUCGCGUGGGGAUAGGAUGUUUGUGGAAGAGGUGAAGUCGUGGGGGGAAGAAAGCUCGAGAGGGAGAGAGAUUUGGUGGCUAAACAGCUAAACCGGACCCCUGGAGAAGUACAGGAUAACCGUCGCUGCAAAAAGACAACAAGAGCACGCUCGAACGACAAGCUUGAACGAUCUGGCAACGAGAAAAGGGCUUGCUAUUCCACCACGUUCCGAUCAAUGCGAUCCUGGGGGAGCCAGACUUUUUUUUAUAAACAAAGUCUAUCCCGGCGGAAAGCGCAGCGACAGAGGGGCCUCCCUUGCUUGAGUCACCGAGCAGCAGCAAUUGGCUUGGGGGGUGGGGUUGGUCUAGAAGCAAGGCGUGUGCGUUGAAGAAGUGUGUGUGUGUGUGUGUUGGCAGCGACUUCGGCUGACUUGAAGCGCAUGAGCUGCCGCCGCUGAGUCGACGGCGCUGGCCGGUCAAGUCAUUGAGACAUUUUCCCCUGGUCCCCUUCUUUUUUCUCCUCUUGGAAGAGGGAGGGGACGAGGUCUAAGGGCCAGAACAGGGGGCCGGCUCACCAUUUUCCGAGGCACAGACCUGGCCCGUUGCUGCAAGGCGUCGUUUUGGGAAGCCAGAGACAUGUACACAAGGAUCAAGGGAGAGGCCGCCGUCCUUCUGUCUGCCUGCCGUACUUUGGGGGAAUCUGCAGCGGCGGUGGCAGCGGCAACGACAGAAGAUCGCUGCAGCAAGGGAGGUCGUGCAAAUGCGCAAAUCAUUCGAUUAUAAAAUCGCCCCAACAGCCGCUAGCCGCCACCUCCCCGUGCCCCCCGCGCCGUUCUGGCCUUCUCGGCAGGCAAAUUUUUUUUUUGUCGCGAUCUGCUGCGGGUGAGCAGUGUAGGUGUUGGCGGAUUUUACUGGUCUCAAAGUGCCAUGGAUGCUAGGGGCACGCUAACGGCAUGCAUGCGAUCAUCACUUGGCCGCCGACCCUGGGGGCCGUGUCGGAACACGAACCCCGCGGGAUACGCUAUACGGCUCGACUCGGCGAUCCUGGAGAGGACGCUAGCUGGAGAGUACGUAACUCGCCUGCUUACCGAGGUAUAUGUCUAGGUAGGUAGGUAGGUAAGUAGGUACGUAUCUAGGUAGGCACAUAACAUCCGGGACCUUGUAGGUGAAAGGGCGCGCCCCGAGCUGCUGUAACUUUCUGACAGGCAAUGCGGGUGUGUGUCAUGCAUCGCCCUCCUCAGCCUCAAUAAGCAUUUUUUUCUUCCGCCGAUCUCGUACAGAAGCAAGGUUUAGAGCACGUAGGGUGGUCUGACUCGGCAAUUACAAGAUACACAUACCACCUGAGAAUACGAAUCGGGUACUCAAUUUGGAAUUCAGGGCCCCUUGAUAUCCGCCAACUUUAUUUUUCUGAAUCCUCAUUUUUUGUUAUCUUAUCAUGUAUUAUCUGACUACAGCAACUUCUUCAGCUCGGCAACAAUCGCGUCGCCCAUCUCCUUUGUCCCCGCGGCGCCGUCCAGGUCCUUGGUGCGGACGCCCGAGUCGAUGGCCUUCUUGACCGCGGCCUCGAUGGCGUCGGCCUCGGCGGGCAUGCGGAGCGAGUAGCGCAGCAUCAUGGCGACGGACAGGAUGGUGCCGACGGGGUUGACGAUGCCCUUGCCCGAGAUGUCCGGGGCGGAGCCGUGGAUGGGCUCGUAGAUGCCGUUGCACCUGCUCUCGCCGUCGGGGAUGGUGCCCAGGCUCGCGCUGGGGAGCAGGCCCAGGCUGCCGGGGAUGACGCUGGCCUCGUCGCUGAUGAUGUCGCCGAACAGGUUGCUCGUGAUGACGACGCCGUUGAGCGCGCGCGGGUUCUUGACCAUGAGCAUGGCGGCCGAGUCGAUGAGGUGGUGGCCGAGCUCGAGCUGCGGGAACUCGCUUGCGAAGACCUCGUCCACCACCUUGCGCCACAGCCGGCUGGUCGCCAGCACGUUCGCCUUGUCGAGGCUCCAGACCUUGGCGGGCGGGUCGCGCGCGAGGGCGAGGCGGGCGCCCAGGCGCGCGAUGCGCUCGAUCUCGGGCCGCGAGUAGGGCUCCGUGUCGAGCGCGAAGCCGGAGCCGUCGUCCUCGGUGCGGUCGCCAAAGUAGAUGCCGCCCGUGAGCUCGCGCACCACGACGAAGUCGGUGCCGCGGCACACUUCGGCCUUGAGCGGCGAGAAGUCGACGAGGCUGUCCGAGGCGAAGGAGCACGGGCGCAGGUUGCCAAAGGUGCCCAGCUCCUUGCGGAGCUUGAGGAGCCCCUGCUCGGGCCGGACGGGGGACGAGGGCCCCCACUCGGGCCCGCCGAUGGCGCCGAGCAGGAUCGCGUCGGCGGCCUUGGCGGCCGAGAGGGCCUCGUCUGUGAGGGGGGUGCCGUGCGCGUUGAUGGAGGCCUUGUGUAUGUGCCGCGGUUCCGUGUUACGCCCAGGUCAGCAGGGCUUGCCCAUUGAGCUUUUGAGGGGAUACACGACGGGAGGUUGCCCAAGUGAAUAGACACGCGUGUGUGACGGGACGGGAUGUAACCAUGGAGAGAGCUCGCCCGCGUGUGUGGCGGGUGGUAGCAUCAGUGGAGGGACUUACACCGCCGAGCAGGUGGUCCUGCAGGUUAAACUUGACGCCGGCCUUGCUUUGUGCCUCGACGGUUCUCAAGAUCUGGAUGGCAACUUGUAAGUCCCCAGCGUCCGUUGGUUCUGCAAAAGUACACGGGCAUGUGCAAUCUGCCUGAUACUGCUGCCGUGUGGCUCAAUUGCCAUCAUACCUUAAUUGCCUCGCCAACGACCUAAUGUGCACAAAAUCAACCGCGGAUUUCUCGUUAGCCUCAAAACAAGCAAAGUAUCUACUGGAGAAGGAUGACGCCCGUACCUCUGGACCAGCAUGGUCGCCGGCAAACACGACGAUAUUGAAGGACGACAUUGCGGGAUUGUUUUUGGGGCAAACGUAUCGGCGAGGGCGGACUGGGAACCUGACCUCUGACGGGGUGUGAGGGGAUUUGAGUAGAGGAGCAAGAGGUGAUCUGAAAGUCAAAGCAAAACUGAAGCCGUGAACUUUUUCGUGGUCCACGCUCGAGGUCGGUUCAGCGUGGACGUGGAAAGCAGUCUGCGAUAUCGGCGCAUUCCCUGCGCGCUCAAGUACCCCGCCAACAGAUCCACCUUGUCCAAUGUCUGCGCCGACUGCGGAACCGCCCGGCCCCGAACCGCACACCUCCCUUGCCUCCCUGGCUAUAGCCGACUCUUGCCGGAGAAUUUCUAGCGGCAAAGGAUGAAAAAAAAAGAAAAAGGAACAACACUGGGCGGCGGACGCCACACAAGGAUGAAGGCAAGGGAUCAUGCAGCCAUCAAGGACAUCUAGCGUCUGCCUCGAAGCGGUUGGUACUUUGUAUUUUGUCAGCUAGUGAGUCAACGGCAUGAGUGGUUUGUAGCCAACAACCUGGUAGGUACCUCUGAGUAUUUAGGUAUUUAUCGAGCACUUUGCUCUCCCGUGCCCUAUAGACCUUGUCCGUG